AUGUCUGGGGAUUUAAAACUAGCAGAUCAACAUGUCAAUCUGAAUAAGAGGUAUCUUCCUUCUUCUAGGUGGAGUCCUCCUCCGGAAGGGUUCUUAAAAGUAAAUGUAGAUGGUGCAAUGGUCAAAGGUUGGGAUAAGGGUGGAAUAGGUGGCUUGAUUAGGGAUGGCAGUGGGUUGGUGCUUGGGUCAUUUUCAGAGAAGGUAGGGGGAGGUCCUCCCUUACUCGCAGAGCUUUUGGCGAUCAAUAGAGGGUUGAUUCUUAUUGAGGAAGUUGAAGUUGAUUUCUUUUCAAAUCAGAGGAUCAUUUUGGAAUCGGAUUCUUCCAAUGCUCUAAAGUGGAUUAUUAAUCCGAACCUUAGUACUACUUUGUUUCAAUCCUUGGUAAGGGAUAUAGCUUCUACUGUGGAGAGGAAGGGUAUUAUCACAAGGCUCAUCUCGAGAGCAACAAAUUGGGAAGCGGAUGAAUUAGCUAAAGCUGGUAUAGGCUGA